AUGUCGUCAAAUCAAUCCACAAUUCAAGCCCUCAUUCCCCGAUCCAGGCUGGAAAUCUUGGGGAUCAACGGUCGUUUUACUGCCUUGCCCCAGCGCAUUAUUGAUGCUAUCCAGCACCGAUUCGGCAGGCACAUCAAUCUCGACGAAGAAGAGCUGCUUGACCUCGCGGAAAAGCUCGAAUUCAUCACCUCCCACAUGCGUCGCAGAGCUACUCCACGAGCACCAAACGUUCCACCGCCCAGGGUCACUGUGUUCAUUGUACGGGUGCGCUCUGCCUAUGGGACCCGAGUCGCACUCGUCUAUGGCACCAAAGUUAUCGUGGAGACCCUCGUGCUUGGAAACAGGCAGGACCACAAGACACUCUUUGAGGAUUUCUGCGAGGCAGUGGAUGAAAUGGCGAAUAUAGUUAUUGAGGACUGCUCGGUUCUGCGGCGCAACUACUAUUAG